UAUAGCUUAGCCAAGGGUGCACGUUAGAACGAACCAGAAGCCUCGCAUUGAAGCUUCAGUGCCAUUGAAGCAGUGCAAUACGCCACCAUCUCCUCAUCCAUGGUGGGUGCGCAGUGCGCCACCUUCCGCCACCCACCGUCUACUAACCUCUUUCCACCACCUAGAAAACCAAUAAUCAUACUUUGUUCCAUUUCCAAUCCCUUCCCAUCAAAACCCACAAAAAGAAAAAACCACCUCCGCCAAAAACUCCUCGAAACCCUAACAAACCCUGUAAUUCCCAAAACACCACCCACAAACUCUGUAAUCCCGUUUGAGUCCCCUCAAGAAGCACAAACACCCGUGGCGAAGGAGUCAGAAGAGACUCAAGAACUUCAGAGUUUAACCUCGGAAGCAGCUGCUGGAGUUGUCAGGGGCAAGUUUGGUAAUUUUCCAAUAAGGUCCGUAUUGUUGUUCUUGGUUGGAGCUUUUGUUUUCCAGGCAAUUUGUGCUGUUUGGGUAUCUGGGUUAGUUAAUUCUGCCCGGAAAGAUGAAAACUUGGAUAGUGGAAGUGAAGAAACUAGGGUUUCGGAAUUGGGUGUGGAUGGAAAUGGUGAGGAAAGAUCAGUUUUUUUUUUAACUGGAAGCAACGAUCCGUUGGGAGGGAGAUUGUGGUUUAGACAAGUUCGAAAUGGGUUUGUGGGUGGUUCUGAAUUUGAAAAGAAAAUUAAUGAAAUUCAGGCAAUGGCGAGGGAGGCGCGAGAGAAGGAAAGAUUGGAUUCGGCCGGUAAUGUUGAUGGUGUUAAAACUGGCAUUGAGUUGGAGGUGGAAAGAGAGUUGGAUAAUUUUCGAAAGAGUUUGCCAAAAAGCAGUGAGAAGGCACAGGAGAAUGUGAAGAAGCCAGGCUCAAUAAUGUUUAAACAGAAGUACCCAUUUAAUGAAGUUGCCAAACCUGAAAGUGGGAAUGGUUCCACGCAGGGGAAUGGAAUUCAAAGGCCUUUAGUUAAAGGUGUGAUUUCAAGCAACUCAUCCAUAGGAAGCAAACGAGCAGGAGGCAAAGUCGAAGAUAGACGCUCAGAUGACAAGGCUGAUUUGUGGUGGUUGAGUCUUCCUUAUGUUCUAGUUAUCUGCUAUCUCGAUGGUGAAGGAGCCAAGGGGUUAUUUACCUUAGAGAGCAAGGGUGACUCAUCUCAUACUAUUGCCUUUGAAGACCAGGGUGAUGCCAGUAACUUCUGCUAUCUUCUGCAAUCCUUUUUUGAAGAGCUUGGUGAUUUUAGUGCCGAGAUUGUUCCUUUGCCAACAAAAGAACUUAAUGAGGCAGUGAGCUCGGAUAACAUGAAGGUGAUUGUGGUGAAGAAAGGGCAACUUAAGCUUUAUGCAGGACAACCUCUUGAAGAAGUUGAGAUGGCGUUGCGCUCUUUAGCUCAAUGACGUUGAAUUGCCCCUGCAACUUCUUUUUAGGAGUACCCAAGGGAAACUAUCAUUUUCAUUCUCAUAUGCAGCAUCCCUUGGACAGGAGCUUUGAGUCAACAGAUCAACAAAAUAAUCUGAGUUUAGCUAGGGUUGUAGAAUAUUUGUCCUGCAACAAAAUUAGCUAUAUGCAGAUCAUAGGUAGGCAUACAAAUAUUUACUUAAUUUGUUGAUUUUUCCCCUACUUUUGUUGUUUUCCUUGGGGGUAAAAUGAAAGAGGAUUAAUGUCCUCGGAUUAAUGUCCUCAGGUGUAUAGAAAGUUGCUAAUGGAAGCAUCAUUCCUCUUGAAAA